CCACUUUUGCCACGUCCCGAUGAUGUUGACCUUGCGCCGCAGCCUCCUCGCGUCGACCCGCGCCGGCUUCCACAGCUCCCGGCCGGCGGCCCUGCCCGAGAUCUCGUUCAAGCUCUCCGACAUCGGCGAGGGUAUCGCCGAGGUCGAAGUCCUCCAGUGGUUCGUCAAGCCCGGCGACAAGAUCGCGCAGUUCCAGAACCUCGUCGAAGUGCAGUCGGACAAGGCGACGGUCGAGAUCACGAGCCGCUUCGAUGGCACGAUCACCAAGCUCCACUACGAGCCUGGUCAGAUGGCCAAGGUCGGGAGCGCGCUCAUCGACCUUGACGUCUCGGACGAAGUCGCGGCGGCCCAGAACGCUGCCGGCGCGCCCAAGUCCAAGGCGCCGGCCAAAAAGGUCGAGCCCAUCAAGAAGGCUGCGCCGACACCGACGCCAAUCGUGUCGGCCCCGACGCCGACGCCGGCCGCUGCCGAGCCCGUUGCGCGCAUUCCGAUCACGCGCCCGUCGAACGGCGGCAAGUUCCUCACGACGCCGUCCGUGCGCCGUCUCGCGCGCGAGCACAACAUCGACUUGGAAGACGUGCCGUCCGAGGGCGACCGCAUCUUGAAGGGUGAUGUCCUCAACUACAUCAAGUACUUGGCCGAGAACAAGGCCACCGCUGCGCCGAUCGCGGCUCCGUCGGCCUCGUCGGCGGCCCCCGUGUCGGCGUCGGCGACACCUGCGUUUGAGUUUUUGACCGAGAGCACGACCGUGCCCGUGACGCCCAUUCAAAAGAUGAUGGUCAAGUCCAUGAACGCGGCCUUGAAGGUGCCCCACUUUGGCUACGCCGACGAGAUUGAAAUGAAUGCGCUCGACGAACUCCGCACGACGCUCAAGCCGAUCGCGGCGGCGCGCGGCGUCAAGGUCACGUACCUCCCGCUCAUGAUCAAGGCGGCGUCGCUCGCACUCAAGUACUACCCGGUGCUGAACGCGUCCGUCUCGGAGGACGAGUCGAGCAUCACGAUGCACGCGCAGCACAACAUUUCGGUCGCGAUGGACACGCCCAAGGGUCUCCUCGUCCCGAACGUCAAGAACGUCGAGUCCAAGUCGGUGCUGGACAUUGCCGAAGACCUCGCGCGCCUCCAGAAGCUCGGCGCCGACGGCAAGCUCGGGCCCGCGGACCUCACGGGCGGCACGUUUAGCCUCUCCAACAUUGGCUCGAUCGGCGGCACGUACAUGAGCCCCGUCAUCAUGGUGCCUCAGGUCGCGAUCGGCGCGCUCGGCAAGAUCCAGACGCUGCCGCGCUUCGCGGCCGACGGCAGCGUCGUGCCGACCAAGGUCAUGAACGUCUCGUGGUCGGGCGACCACCGCGUCAUUGACGGCGCGACCAUGGCGCGCUUCUCGACCAAGUGGAAGGCGUACUUGGAGAACCCGAUUGCGAUGCUCACGGAGCUCAAGUAGAGAAAAAGACAAGUGGUAUAAUUGUAGACGAAAAAUGAUGCACGUGGUUCCGUA